AUCAUAUUUAUAUAAAUUAAAAGGUGAUUUACAAAUGGCAAUUCAUUAUGUUAAUUUGGCAAGUCAAAAAUAUAAUGAAAAGAUCAAUAAGAAAAUUUUUAAAAAAAUAGAAAAGUUCAAAAUAAAUUUAUUAAAAUUGGAAAAUAUUCAAACAAAUGAAUUAAUAUUUUUGAAUAAAAAUCAAAUGAAUCUAUUGCAAAUAUUUAAUUUAAUAAGAAAAUUUCAUUUCGAAUCAAUUUCAUAUUUGACACUUGGAUUUGAUCUAUUCAAAGAAACAUCAUCAAAUGCACUAUUGAAUUGUUUAUUUUAUCAUUUAAUUGAAGAAGAUGAUAUUGAAGAUUAUUUAAAAAAUCACACGAAUAAUUUAACACAAAAGUAUCAUAAUUUUCAAAAUCAACGAAUCAACGAAAAAGAAUUUAUGAAAUCUUUUAAUAUGAAAUUUGGAACAAAUUUCAAAUGUUUUCAUAUCAAUGAAACAGUGAAUUGGAAUGAAUUUAUUCUUAAAAAUAAUGAAAUACCAAUAAUUUUGAUGAAAGAUUUAUUUUGA